AUGAACGAUGGGCUACAGUUGGGAUGGGCGAAUUCCGACCGUUUGGUGUUAUCAUGGAAGGUGGAUUCAUGCGUAUACCCGCACAGAACAGAUGAAUUGCGAUUGUUAGCUGUCUUGUCUGAAGAGGUGGUCAUGGUGGUCAAAGAGGUCAAAGAGUGGGUUGGUUUGGGGAAAGUACCAUUUUGCGUUGCGCGGGACGAGUGUAAUGUCGAGCCGUCCGUUCUCUAUCUGCGAACCGUGCCCGGCAAAAAGCAAAUCUUUCUCCUUCGUAAGACCAUAACCUCGGAAGCUGUUCCAUCCUUCGAGUACACCCCAAAUUCUGUUCGAACACGUUGA